UCAACAAAACGUCGUCACCACUACUCCGCCAUCAAGCCCCCUUGCUCCUUCACCAAAAAGGACGAGGGUUGAGACGAUCAUUGAGCCUGCCCCUCAAUUGGGUAGCUCUUCCACUCUGCUCUUGGAUGAUCCCAUGAUCAAAGAGCUUAUCCGCAUCGGAUCCCAAUUCAUUGGGUACCGUGAAUAUGCCAGCAGAACUGAAGGUAAUAAUUUUUGAUUUCUUGCUCCUGUCGUUUGUCGCCAUUUUUGACCUUUCCUCUUUUUUUUUUAUUUCGACAGAGAAACUUGCAGAGGCCAACAAACGUGCCGACGCACUUGCUCAAAAACUGGAGCAAAGUGAAGCGGCCCGCAAGAAAGCCAAACUUGUUGCUAGCGAAGCCAAAGCAGAGGCUGAUGAAGCCAAAGCAAAAGCUGCUAGUGUCGAAGAUCUGCAGAAAAAACUUGAGGAUGCUGAAACUGCUUUAAACGAGCACAAAGCUGCACAGGCUACUCGUGAGCAGGGGAUCCUCAAGCGCCUGAAAUCACAAAGUCGACGCACUCAAAACCAAACAAACCAAGAGUUUGACCUGGAAAAUCCCGACAAUGAUCCUCUCCUUGACGCGCUUUCUUAUCUGGAGCUUCAUGGAUCCGAAAUUCGUGAAGGCGUGGCGAAUGCUAAUGCGGGACUGUCGACGCUGUUCCCCUACUUCUUCCCGAAGAAAGAGGAGCCCCCGACUUUCCUUGCCCUUGCCAAGAGCUUCAAUUCAUCAGAGGACCUUGGACUGAAGAUGCGCCAGGAAAACAUGAAGAUUGCUGUCGAGAGUACUGUUGCCCUGGUCGCUGACAGCCAACAAACUGUUGAUUGGAUGAAGGUUGGCGACACCGAUCAGAUAGAGCAGCCAAGAUGGAGGUCGUUGAUUAAGGCAGCCAAGCCCAACACGAAGAAAAUCCUGGCCUAUCUUGGGAUCAAACCAGCUUCAACUCCUAGCUCAUCAAGGCCGGAGGUCUAGUUGCAUGCCUCUUUGUUUUU